GAAUCGGAUCCUUGUCCCCAGAUCACAGAAAAAGAACACUCUUCUUGUGACAGGAUGAAUUUCCGGCUUAUACACCUAGGUCUGCUGGCGCUGACCGUGUACAGCAUCGAGGCGGCACGUCGAGUUAACGUUGCAAGCGUCGCCCGACGUCUGAAAUCACGGUACGGCUUCCACGGCACUCGUGCAGAGCUGUGUUCAGAGAUGGGUCUACACGGGAAGAACGCCAUCGUGCCCGGGACGUCUCUGAAAACAGCGCGAGGGAGGGUCAAGGAGCGUCUCCGACAGACCUACGGGGGCCUGGAAGUAGUGGGAGGGAACGUAGCCGCCGACGUCAACCCCAGCCUCGGCUACACAGGCGUUGUCAGCGGUGAAAUCUACACAUCGCUGGAGGAAGAUAUCCCUAGCCCAGAGGACUGUGAGCAGUCACAUGGCACCGUCACAGGGGUAGCGCUCACGAAGGAGGGGGUCACAGAGUCUCAAGUCCGUAAUCUCAAGGUCGAGAAGAACGUCUACGUCAAGAAGAAUGGCGUUGCUCGUCUGACCUAUGAAAUCAACUUCUUCUACAUGAACGGUCACAAGCCAAACCGUCCCUGUUACUUCAUCGACGCAUGCGAUCUCAGUGUAGUCCUUACGUUCAACAACAUCCAGAACAAAGCUGUAGAGAGACGCCAAGACGAAUGUCAAGAAAACACCACCCCGAUGCCAGAGCCAACAACGACUCCAGAAGAACCUACCACAAUUGAAGCUACCACCGAGGACCAAUGUGACGCAGACACAACACAAGGCCGGAGCACAGCUACUCCAGCAACAGCAGCACCCACAACUGCUGACCCAACAGCCUGUGUCAACCCUGCCAGAGGAGAAGGGGGCAACGAGAAGGUCGGCAAAUACGUGUACGGCGUUUCACCUCUCUGCCUCAACACCACCGUCAGUGGCUCCACCUGCACACUGGAGAACGACUACGUCAAAGUUGUGGACUUGAAACAAGGUACAAAUAGGAACAACCGCGCCGCCUCCACCUACACUUGCGCUGACGGCUACGACGACGCUAUCAACGGCGCCUACUCCCCUGUCCUGGAUGCCAUGAACUUUGGCACCAAAUCUGCCCGUAUGUUUAUCGAAUGGUACAAGACCACUCCCCUCAACUUUAAGCCAGUUCUCUUCGUCCACUACAGCACAAACUACGAGAACGCCUUCUGGGACGGCAGCAGCCUCACAUUCGGCGAUGGUCGAAACACUUUCUACCCACUGGUCAACCAGGAUGUUGUUUCUCACGAACUUGCCCACGGAGUCACAAACCAAAACUCUAACCUCAUCUACGACGAUCAAUCUGGCGGCAUCAACGAAGCCUUCUCGGACAUAACAGGGGAGACAACUGAGAUGUUUGCUCGUGGUUCCAACGACUGGCUGGUUGGAUCCGAAAUCUUUAAGAGCACCAGUGGAGCCCUGCGUUACUUUGAAAACCCUACAAGAGACGGCCGCUCCCUCAAACACACCAGGGACUACAACGACAACGUCGAUGUGCACUACAGCAGCGGCAUCUUCAACCAUGCCUUCUACCAGAUCGUGAAUGAAAACAACAUGCCGAUUAGAGAGGCAUUCGAGUGUUUCCUCCGCGCUAACAUCAUCUACUGGGGCCGUUCGACCACCUUUGAGGAAGGCGCCUGUGACGUCAUGCGUGCUUGCUACGACCUCGGCUACGAUUAUCUGCUUGUGAAACGAUCCUUCGAGGUGGUAGGAGUCACUUUCAGUGAGUGUGAGGAGCCGAGCUUCAUGGAGUCGGUGUCUGAGAACGAGACCCUGACGGAUCUCACUGUCUCCUCCUCCCAUCGUCCCGUGUUUCUGCUGGAGCCUCCAUCGGGGUCAACCCGCGUCAUCGUUGCGUCGUCUGGACAGGGUCACUCCAUCAACUUGGCCGUGUAUCACAACCUUGAAUCUUCCAUGCCGGUAUCCAUGGCAACAGGCGAGCUGACACACCAGCUUCCGUCUGGAUCACCGUCGCUGUACCUGCGUGUAUCUGCUGACGUUGCCAACGCCAUUACUGACGUCAACGUUCGCGUCUGGUAUGAAUGAUAUCUUAAAGUGGCAUUUUAGAGGCUGUCGUGUUAAUGAAAACAGCGUUGAUUUAUGGAUUUCCACUUCUUUGUUCAUUAAAAGCGACACUUGGAUGAAGGUGCUUAUAGUUCUAUAACACAUGCUUGACACGGGUACUAGCACCUGUACCGAGACGUCGCAUUGAAAAUAAUAAAGUUGAAACCCAUACGUCAACUGAUUGUAUGAGUGAACGCUUUUUGAUUGAAUAUUAUGUCAACAUCAUAACUGAAUAAAUGAUUGAACAUACAGUU